AUUCAACAGACCAUCUACUUCUUUCACAUGCCUGUGAAACGUCAGCAAUUAAAUCGUAGACUCUCUACCAAUUAACAGUCACAAUAAGAUCGAUCUGAUGUAACUGGAUGAUAAGAGCUUCCCCUAUCCCACCUGAGGAUGGUCCUGAGUAAGCGAUAUUUACGCCACUCCACGCCUUGAUAUACGAGUCCCUACCUACCUCUCACCUCGGUAGGUACUUACUUUCAUAUUUACCUAGGUUAGGCACCUUUGUGUUGCUCAAGUCGAUAAAAUAGCUGUAAACAAGCCCAAGCGCCUAUUACCACUACCAUGCAAGAACCCAAACAGUCCAUCAUCACCGACCAAGCCAUGGGAGACACCAUCGAAGAACCCUCCCCCUCCCCCUCCCUUUCAGUCCCCGGCACCAAACGCGGGAUCAAAUCGCGCCACGCACAAAUGCUCGUCCUCGGCGGCACAAUCGGCACCGGCCUCUUCGUCGGGACCGGGCAAGCCCUCGCGACCUCCGGGCCCGCCCUCCUGUUCUCCGCAUACCUCGCAAUCUGCAUCCUCGUGUACGGCAUCGUCACAGCCCUCACCGAGAUCGGCGCCUACCUCCCGGUGCCGGGGAUGUCAGUGGCGUACUACGCGCACCGCCUCGUGUCGCCGAGCCUCGGCUUCGCGCUCGGCUGGCUGUACUGGUACACGUGGGGCAUCAGCGUCGCGUACGAGGUCACCGCCGCCGCCGUCGUCGUCGAGUACUGGCCGCGCAGCCCCGUGCCGACCGCCGCGUGGAUCACGCUCGCGCUCGCCGUCAUUGUCGCGCUGAACCUGUGCCCCGUCCGCGUGUACGGCGAGUCGGAGUUCUGGUUCGCGUCGCUCAAGGUGUUUGCGAUCGUCGGCCUGCUGGUCCUCUCCGUCGUCCUGUUCUUCGGUGGCGGACCCGACCACACGCGGCUGGGGUUUAGUUACUGGCGCGACCCGCCCGGCGCGACGAAGGAGUAUUUGGUGGGGGGCGCCGGGGGACGGUUCUGCGCUUUUCUGUUCACGUUGGUUUAUUCGUGCUUCAGCUUCAACUUCAGUCCCGAGUUAGUCAUCAUCGCGGCGGGCGAGAUGACGGAUCCGCGCCGGAGUCUGCCCAAGGCGGCGCUGCACUUCGUGUGGCGCCUGAUCCUGUUCUAUGCGCUGGGCGCCCUGGCGAUCGGCGUUAUAUGCCGCAGCGACGAGCCGGCGCUUACGGACGGCGGGAAGGGGGUCGCCGCGUCGCCGUGGGUUAUCGCGAUUGAGAAUGCGGGGGUUCAUGGCCUGGAUAGUGUAAUCAACGCCGUUGUGAUCACGUCGGCGUGGAGCAGCGGAAACUCGGUGCUGUAUAUGUCCAGCCGCUCCUUGUACUCACUCGCGGUGGUGGGGAGCGCACCGCGAAUAUUCGCGCGUUGUAAUACGCACGGGGUGCCCGUCUAUGCGGUUAUAGCUUCGAGCUUAUUGGCUUUGCUCGCCUACUUGAAUGUUGGCACGGUCAGUGGAAUUGUGUUCAAUUGGUUCGUCAGCAUCAUCAACACGGCCGCUUUCAUCAGCUGGACGUGUUGCUGCCUCGUUUACUUCCGAUUUAGAAAGGCAUGUUCGGUGCAAGGGAUCGAUAGGUCCGACCUGCCUUACACGAGUGUCUUGCAACCUUGGCUAUCGUGGAUAGCCGUCGUAGCGUUUGCUCUCUUUGGGUUGCUUAAUGGAUUCUCAGUCUUUUUCCCUGGGAAAUUUACCGUUUCGGACUUCCUCACGGCGUAUAUUGGCAUCCCAGUGUUUCUAUUGAUAUACUCAUGUCACAGGAUAUGGGCUAAACAAGACCCGUGGAUUAGGACUCCCGAAUCAGUCGAUCUGCAGACGAGAUUCACGGAUGUAAUAGUUGAUAGACAUCCUGAGGAUGCUAUCCUGGAUUCGAGUGAUUUUUCUAGGCACAAAGCUAAUAAAUAUGUAAAGAAGAUAUACAUGAUCUGGGGCUGGGAAUGAAAUAAAGCGGAGUUCGG